AUGACUCGCAACAAGAUGGCGGCGCGGGGAGCGGCCUGUUGUCAUGGAAACACACCCUCUAAAAUCAGGGGAGCGGGUGGGGGAAGAGUGGUGGGCUUGCGCUCAUUAGUUCACACUAGAUUCCUGACCGCCCCUCCUCCCCUAAGUAAUCAUAGCUGUAGCCGAAAACGGGAUGAUAAGGAAAAGUUAAUAAAGAUGGCAUUCCCAGUCUCCUUGGUGAUAAUGCGAGCACACAACAUUGCCAACUCGGCCAAUCCUUCAAUUACUCCCCGUCAAACCAGAAGGCCAAGGCGGUUCCAAAUUAGGCUUAACCUGAAUUCAUUUACAGAUGAGGAAGUCCUUCAACAUUUUAGACUAUCAAAGGAUUCCAUUAGAAUGCUUUAUGAAGAAAUCAAACUACACAUUGACAGGCAGACAAGAAGAAGUCACGCUAUUUGUGGAAGGUCUAAACUCCUGGCAGUACUUCAUUACUUAGCUAGUGGAUCUUUCCAGUACUGUAUAGCCUCCAAAAUAGGUUUCACCCAACCCACAUUCAGCCGCUGUCUUCGUCAGGUUGUUAAUGCUAUUGUGAACAUCAGCACCAAUUACAUUAGGUUCCCAUACAGCAUCUCAGAAAGGGAGGAAGUGAAGCUAAAGUUUUUCCAAAAAUAUGGUAUGCCUUUAACAAUCGGAUUAAUAGAUUGUACGCAUAUCGCAAUCAUCCCACCCGCAGCAGAGGAACAAAGCUACCGAAACCGGAAGAUGUUCUACUCUUUAAAUGUUCAACUAAUAUGUGGCCCCUCGGGGAAAAUUUUAGACGUUGUCGCCAGAUAUCCUGGAGGAACCCAUGACUCAUUCGUGUUAAGUGGAAGAGGAAUUGGCCAACUAUUUCAAAGUGGUUAUUUUGGCGAUGAUUUAUUAUUAGGUGAUAACGGGUAUCGCCUUACUCCAUGGCUACUUACCCCCUAUCUUUCGCCAACGAACAGACGCCCAGCAUCGCUAUAAUCUAGCGCACCGAAGAACUCUGAGCCAAGUGGAAAGAGUUUUUGGACAGCUCAAGUCACGUUUUCGCUGCCUAGAUGUAACAGGUGGUGCUAUGUUAUACAAACCAGUUCUAGUCGGCAAAAUUAUCUUGGCCUGUGCCGUGUUGCAUAAUAUUGCACUACAAUAUCACAUACCAAUAGAGAUUGCUGCUGAUCUUCGCGAACCCAUCGACUGCCCGCCUGUGAUGGGUCAUGAGAGUAGUCAGGCUGGAAACAUGAAACGAAACGACAUUUCUUACAAUUUUUUUACACGAUAGGCUUCAUUCUGCCAAGCUGUUUAUACGUUCAUGCUUGUGUUUGAAGGUUGGGGUUACAUGGGCCUUUAACCAAAAUUCUUUUAAAUUAAUUAUAGUUUACACCUGUUCCCCAGAUUUUGCAUUCAUGUUUUUUGAGCUGGUUAACAAUUAAAUAAAUCUUUG